GCUCGAAAGGUUCUUUCUUGCUCUUCUUCCUCUUAUAUUCAUUGGAAUUCACUGAAAUUGGUUUUAUUCAGAAAAAGAAAGCCUGCAAUAGAGAAAAAGAAAUGUCCGAUCGUUUCUUCCCAAAUGAAAUGCCAAAUUUUGUGGUGGAAUCAACAGUCUCCGGAGCCACUUCCAUUGACUCACUAACCAAUCUCCUCUCUUUACCUUACAAAACACUCUCUGAUCACCUCAAGACCGCAGCUUUGGCCCUCAAAGAAACCAUGGUGAGGGAGACAUGGGGUUUGAGUGGAAAGAGAGUGCAUGAUUAUACUGCGUACACAGGAGCUCUUGGGACAGCUUAUUUGGUCUUUAAAGCAUACCAAGUUACCAAAAAUCAGAACGAUCUUAAAUUAUGCUCUGAUAUUGUUAAGGCUUGUGAUUAUGCUUCUAAAGAUUCUGGGCGUGUGACAUUCAUGUGCGGACGUGCUGGUGUUUAUGCCCUUGGUGCUGUUGUUGCGAAGCAUUCUGGUGAUACGGCUUUACAAGAUCGCUACUUGGCAAAAUUCAAGGAGAUCAGAUUCCCUAGUGACUUGCCGAAUGAGUUAUUAUAUGGGAGAGCAGGGUUCUUGUGGGCCUGUUCGUUCUUGAAUAAGCAUAUCGGCAAAGACACCAUAUCUACUGCCUAUACGCGGUCAGUUGUGGAUGAAAUUAUUAAGUCAGGUAAACGACUGGCGGGCAAGGGAAGAUGUCCAUUGAUGUAUGAAUGGCAUGGAAAGAAAUACUGGGGAGCUGCGCAUGGACUGGCAGGAAUUAUGCAUGUUUUGAUGGACAUGGAAUUGAAACCAGAUGAGGUGGAGGAUGUCAAGGUUACUCUUCGCUACAUGAUCAAAAACCGGUUCCCCAGUGGAAAUUACCCGUCAAGUGAGGGAAGUGAAUCCGACCGUCUUGUACACUGGUGUCACGGUGCUCCUGGGGUCACACUUACCCUUGUAAAAGCAGCCGAGGUUCUUGGAGACGGGGACUUUCUACAAGCGGCAUUGGAUGCCGGAGAGGUAGUUUGGAAGCGUGGGCUGCUUAAGCGAGUUGGAAUCUGUCAUGGUAUAAGCGGAAAUGCAUACGUGUUCCUCUCACUCUAUCGACUGACCGGCAAUGCAGAGUACUUAUAUAGGGCCAAAGCAUUUGCUUCCUUCUUGUCCGAUAGAGCAGAGAAACUUAUAUCAGAAGGAAAGAUGCAUGGUGGCGAUCGCCCAUAUUCACUCUUCGAGGGUAUCGGAGGAAUGGGAUAUCUCUUUCUGGACAUGGUCGAACCAUCUCAGGCGAGGUUCCCUGCUUAUGAAAUUUAGGUUGCUUUCAA